AUGUUUGCUAGAAUUCCAAAAGCUGGUGUAAGGUUAAGUGGAAAGGUAUUUUACUCAGAAGCCAAACUUCCAAAAGUGUUCAAUAGGUUUAAUUUGUUCCCUGGUACAUUCCCACAUGGUAAUCCUAGCUGGAACGUGGAUCUACGGAGGCUACGUAGAGAAUACCUAUUGUUGCAAAGUUUAUCACAUCCUGACACUACAUCGGCGGGUUCCACGCCUAAGAAAGACGAAGAACAUUCCCGGAAACUAAACGAAGCUUUUAAUAUAAUCCAGAAUCCAGUUACUAGAAGUCAGCACCUGCUUGAACUACAUGGUUUCGACACAUCAGAAAAGGGUCUUUCGGCUAUUGGCAAGAAUAGUGAAUUAUUGGCUACUGUAAUGGACGUUCACGAGCAACUGGAGAAGGUAGAAAAGUGGCAAGAAGUAAAAAAGAUCCUGGGAGAAAAUAAACGUCGCAUGCAGGAAACAAUUAAGGUACUUGGGGCCGCGUUUGAAAAGAAUGAUCUUGAAGCUGCUAUGCAGAAAUCAAUCGAAUUAAACUACUGGGCAAAGCUGGAAAAAGCUAUGAAAGAAUGGACUCCUGGGUCAAAAGUAAAGCUGGAUUAA